AAAAACUAAACGUCGGAUCUACAAUUUUGUUUUUGUCGUUCACGCUAUCUGAGUUUCCACGUCAAAAUUAAAAGUUUUUAUUUUUAUGUCUUAACCCUUAACCCUUAACAGAGUUGAAAGAAAUAAUAAUAAACAUAAAAAUAAUAAUAAUAGUUUAUUAGCCUUUCUUUUUAAGGGUGUUCUACACCCAUAUAUGCUUGUCAUGCAAUCACACAUGGCGAUGAAGUCCGCCCACAUCAGUACCCGCAUCAAGUCGCUAUUUAGACCGAAUGUCCACUGCUGGGUAUCCGAAAUUUAGUCUGCGGUGGAGUGAUUCUAAAUCGUGAUUGGAUCCUGACAUCUGCCCAGUGCCUCAAUUUGUUUAAAAACUUAAUCGUCAAGGCUGGGAAGUACGAGCUUUCCGUUACGGACCCGAUGCAAGAAAUUCGCAGUGUGAAAUAUUAUUACAAGCAUCCGCAAUAUAAACGGCCGGGCUGGUUUCGUGGAAUUAGCAAAAACGAUAUCGCUCUCUUGAAGCUGAAUAAGCCCCUAAUUUUCAACGAGCAUAUUCAACCAAUAGCACUUCCAACACCAGGAGCAACUCAGACUGGAGUCGGAUGGUUGACAGGUUGGGGUGGUGAUGGUAGAACCUCAGAAACUCUCGAGGCUGCUCAAGUGUCCUUCUUGGAUGCUAACAAUUGCACACAACUCGUCAAGAAAUGAAUCACUAACGAUCAGAUUUGUACUGGAGUCAUCGGACGAGUCGUCUCCGCCUGUUCUAAGGACCUCGGAGGACCCGUUAUCCAAUAUCGGCCAAAUACCUCUCCACAACUUGUUGGAA